GCUUCCUCCCACUCCCUGCCCUACAAAUUGUCCGGGUGGCGGUGAUGGGGCAAAGUGGUUGCCUGCCUCCCUCUCUGUGGCGCGCGAGUUUCCCUUCUCGGGAGCAAGGGCGGCACACUCGGCUCCCUUCCCGCCUACCACCUCUUAAGCUUCCUUGGCCCAGGUAGUGAGGUAGGACUUGGCGCCAGGCCAAGAGCAGAGGCUUUAAAGAAAAAGCCCUCCCCGUCGCCUCCUUUCCUCUCCAGCCAGCGCUCGCUCAAGCAGGACCAUCAGCACCAUCUCCGGGCGCCACAAUGGAGAAAAAUAGAGGAUCAGGAAGCAAAGUGCCCGGUUGCUUUGGCUACCCACUCAGCAUCUUCUUCAUAGUCACCAAUGAAUUCUGCGAAAGAUUCUCCUACUAUGGAAUGCGAGCUGUGCUUGUGCUCUACUUCAAGUAUUUUCUCAACUGGGAUGAUAAUCUUGCUACAGCCAUUUACCACACGUUUGUUGCCCUCUGCUACCUAACGCCUAUACUUGGAGCACUCGUAGCUGACUCCUGGCUGGGAAAGUUCAAGACCAUUAUUUCCUUGUCCAUUGUUUACACAGUUGGACAAGCUGUCUUGUCUAUAGGCUCCAUAAAUGAUUUGCUGGAUCAAAACCGGGAUGGUGCCCCAGAUGACUUAAAGAUUCCCAUAGCUUUGUCUAUGAUCGGCUUGGUUCUUAUUGCUUUUGGAACUGGUGGAAUCAAGCCUUGUGUAGCGGCCUUUGGUGGAGAUCAGUUUGAGGAUCAUCAGGAAAAACAAAGAAACAGGUUCUUCUCUAUAUUUUACCUGUCCAUUAAUGCUGGAAGCCUUCUGUCUACUAUAAUCACCCCAAUUCUUAGAGGAGUAGAAUGUGGAAUUCACACCAGGCAAAAAUGUUACCCUCUUGCAUUUGGUGUUCCUGCUAUUCUAAUGGCUGUUGCGCUGAUUGUCUUUGUAGCUGGAAGUAUAAUGUACAAAAAAGUUGAACCUCAAGGCAACAUAAUGGUCCAAGUCGCUAAAUGCAUUGCGUUUGCUGUUGGAAACAGAUUCAGACAUCGUAGCAAACAAUUUCCCAAGAGGGAGCACUGGUUGGACUGGGCUAGUGAGAAGUAUAAUAAACGACUUAUUGUCCAGACUAAGAUGGUCUUGAAAGUGCUGUUCCUUUAUAUUCCUCUCCCCAUGUUUUGGGCACUAUUUGAUCAGCAGGGAUCACGAUGGACAUUGCAAGCCACAACAAUGGAUGGAGAUUUUGGCCUUGUUCAGAUUCAGCCAGACCAGAUGCAGACUGUAAACCCAAUCCUCAUUGUUAUAAUGGUCCCAGUUGUAGAUGCUGGCAUUUAUCCUCUAAUUAAGAAAUGUCGCUUAAAUUUCACGCCUCUGAGGAAGAUGACAGUUGGCAUGUUGCUGGCAGCUUUGGCUUUUGUUGUUGCUGCUGUGGUGCAAGUGGAAAUAGAUAAAACUCUUCCAGUUUUUCCUGUUGCAGGCCAUUCCCAAAUCAAAGUAAUAAAUCUGGGAAACAAUAAUGCAUCAAUUCGUUUUAACGGUACCGGGAAGGCUGUUGAUGUGGGUUCUUUGAUUGCAACAGACUACAUCCCCUUUGAAACAGCAGAGUUAAACGAUAUAUAUAUACACUACGGGAAUGCAACUCUAAGGAAAUCAUUUCUUUAUGUGGGAAAAGAACGUCACACUCUUCAGAUAACAAAUAGAGCUGGGAUACAUGCUGAACUGCUUAUGGAUGGCAUCACAAAAAAACCAGAUCAAGGAAACAAUGAGAUCAGGUUCAUAAACAACAUGGAUUCAGUUAUUAAUAUCACUAUGGAUGGUGUUGCAUUUGGAGAAGUGACGUAUUUGUCUGCAACAAACUACACAGCUUUCCAAAGAGGGGAAAAAAAAAUUACAGUUACCAGCAAUCUUCAUGAAUGCAAAAACAACUCUAUGGUAUUUGGAUAUGGCAGCGCUUAUACUAUUAUAAUAGAGGAGUGUGCCAGCGAUGGAUUAAGCCUCACAUAUGUUGAAGAUAUUCAGCCCAACACAAUCAGUAUGGCUUGGCAAAUUCCUCAGUAUUUCAUUAUUACUUGUGCUGAAGUUGUCUUCUCGGUCACUGGACUAUCGUUUUCAUACUCACAGGCACCUGCAAACAUGAAGUCUGUGUUGCAAGCUGGGUGGCUGUUGACUGUGGCUGUGGGCAAUAUCAUUGUUCUUAUUAUAGCUGGAGCUUCAAAAAUUACUGAACAGUGGGUAGAAUACGUUCUGUUUGCAUCUUUACUUGUCGCAGUUACUGUUAUUUUUGCCAUCAUGGCCUAUUUUUACAUCUAUGUGGACCCAGCUGAGGUUGAAGCUCAACUGGUAGAGGAUGAAAAGAAGGGAGAAAAGGAAAAAGCAGUUUAUGAAAAUGGAACUGGACCUGUCAUACAGACUCAGAUGUGAGCAUAUACUAAAGGUUGAAUGAAAAUAUAAACUGUCAUCCAUACAACUGUAUCUCUAGUCUGAUACCAUUAAGUGCCGCUCUCUCACUGGGAAGGGAUAAAGAGCACCAUCAAAAUGCACACACCCUCCCAAGGGUGAAGAUUUGGAAGUCUGCUCUCUUGUGAAGAAAAUGAGAAAAACCCAGUUCUUUCUCAGCAGAAUUUGCACUUCAAAAAAGGAUCUGAACGUAAUUGCACUUGGCCACAAUGAAAAGACAUUCAAAGUAUUAUUUUUAUACAGAACUACUUUAAUUUUAUACUACAGAAGAAGGCAAGUACUCCCAGAUCAAGGCACUUGUGUCUCUCAUGCAACAUAUUGGCCCAAGUGGGCUUUAGAGGCACUUUGAUAUGCUGCCCUGCAAACAAUGAUUGUAUUAUAUACUGUAUGUACUUUUCCCGUAAACACAUAUCUGAGCCAGUUGAAUGUUCAUGACCCUCGUAUUGCACUAGAUACCUCUUCCUCUAUUUUCUGCCAGAGGACUGCCAAAACUAGCUUCAGGUGCCCAUUGGGGUAGAGAUGAACAAAGAGAAUUGCAUCAGAAAGAAGCAAAGGUGAUUGAAAUAAAACUUGGAA